UUUGCUUAUAACACUUUGCAUUAACAUUGUCAACAUUCUUUACAUUAAAUAGUUAAUUUAAUAUUUUGAACAAGUGUUAAAACGUAAUUUGCUUUAAAGAAUAAAAUUAUAUAAAACUCAAUUGCGUAAAAAUGGGAGAUUAAAGAAAACACUAUGUCGGGAUGUAUACAUUAUGAAACAAAAUUACAAGUUGAUAUUUUUCAUUGUCACUAUUGACAUUAUUAUAUUAUCGUAAUAACAACGUUCCAUCGUUCAUACAUGCUUUAAUGCUGUAUUUAAUUAGCGUCACACGGUGAUCCUUCGGUUAUCGACACUUAUCAAACGGACCCUGUUGGACCCGUUAAAUGUCGGACUUCCCGAGUGACCGAAGAAGUUUCGGGGAACCCUAUAAUUUGCCAUCUCGCAGCUAAUUAGUAUGCUUGACGAACCUGUUGCACAACCGAAAUAUCGACUUAACGGUCGCGCGAAGAAUCACGGUGAAUCCUGGCGCAUUUCUUUUUCUCCCUUUCUCCGCCCUUCCCUCUUUCCUGCUCUCCCUGUCUCCCUCUCCGGGGUUAAGACUUCCUUGAUCUCUCGGCGAACGAGGAAGCGCGCGAUUUGCCGCGGACCGGCCGGCGGGCGCGCAAAAAAUCCAUCAUCGUACCCAGAAACGAAUUACGAACUUCAUCGUCGGGGAUCACGUAAGACGCGCUCCCGCCGCGGGAGGAUAUCCAACAGUUCAUUUCAUUCGCCGCCGAUGGUGAGCGGGCGUAACGAGUUGUUAACGCGGGGCAAUAACAUGUACCCGGUGUCCCGGCGGUAGCGCCGCGCCGCGCCGACCGGCGCGGAUAACGCUCGUUUCGUCGGGGCUUUAACUGGCGUACGCGCCGUACCGCCGCAUCCGGCUUGUAUGACCAAUCAAUGUAAUUAUCCUACCGGUCUUCUACCGGAGCGCGCGGUCGCUCCUGUCUUAUUUUCAUCCGUUCGUCCGCACGUCGAGAACGUGCUUACCGCGUAAAAACUACGAUUCGAGUUAAAGAGGGGAAUUGCUAAUGAUAAAUAAGACGUGGUAAGAGAAAGAGAGAGAGAGAAAUACGAUAUGUGAAUCGCGUUUGGACGCAAACAAAAUACGAUAAUAAAUAGAGGAUGAGCUAAACAAUGGAAAAGAAAGAUUGAAAGAUAUUUUUAUCUAUAAAAUCUAAUAUUUAAUUUCAUGUAAAUUGAAUAGCAUUACACAUUUCGUAGAACGUUAUGAAGAUUGAACAAUGGAAGCUAAAAUUAUAUAAAUAGUAUAAUUGUUAAUGAACUGUUAUGUUGAAUGAUGAACUCGAUGUAUAAUUAGUUUUAAAAAAUGUACAUUUCUCAAUUUUUGUAUGAGCUUAAAUUAUACAUACGUAAAACUUUUUUGGCUCGUAAAACUUUGGCUUUUUUUUCUAUUGCUUAGAAUACGAAGAUGAAUAAUAAACACGUAACACAGGCAUGAAGUGACAAAAUUGCUGAAGCGUAUCUAGAAGCCUGGGCAUUUUGCCAGAAUAAGCAAAUAUGUAUUGCCAAUGUUCUGUUUUGUCGAAGCUGGGUGUGUCACAGUUAAAUGUCAACGAGAGAAGUGUUCCGAUCAUUGUAUAAUUGUGUAUCACAGAAGUGAAGAUAACCAGCUAAAAACGAUGUGUUUGUGGCCGAGUCGUCAUAAUGCUGGCAGCUGCUGGCAUUUGAACAAUACAGAUUGGCUAUUCGAGAUGGAAGUGAUCGUGUAUAAUCAGCACGAAACAAGUAGCAUCGCUAGCAGCACUGAUGGCGCCGAGACUCAGUACGAUGAAGAGAGCGUGCCUGACCUUGAUGUCGACGGGGACCUGCUGUCGAUCGACGGUGACAAACGGAGCAAGCAGCCUUUACGUAGGAGCUUAUUCGACAAUGUGCCGCCUUACAUCGCCUUCCAGUCGUUCGACAGCAACUCCAGCUCCGCGCUGCCGUACGAAGUGACGAAACAUCUCAAGUGGCACCUCACCACGAUAACACCGAUGUUGGUGCGUCGUACCGUCGCGAAUUCCGGUUAUCGAUUGAUGAAGAAGUGCCGGUAUUGGUGCGGCACUUGGGGCAAGCACAUGAAGUCCAUCGCCUAUAAGGGACUGAAGGAGUCGCAGAAGGUCAACCACUUCCCCGGUACUUUCCAGAUCGGACGGAAGGACCGGCUGUGGCGCAAUCUCAGCCGGAUGAUGAUAAAGCACAGCAAACGGGAAUUCGGCUUCGUGCCGCGCACCUAUGUGCUACCUCAGGAUCUCCGUAUAUUCCGCCAGGUGUGGGAGAAGAACGGCGGGAAGGAGAAGUGGAUCAUCAAGCCGCCGGCGUCCGCCCGCGGCACUGGAAUCCGCGUUGUCCAUCGCUGGUCCCAGAUACCAAAGAAACGCGCCGUUGUCGUGCAGCAGUAUUUGUCGCGACCGAUGCUGAUACGUGGCGCGAAGUUCGACCUGCGACUCUAUGUGUUCGUCACCAGCUUCAAUCCGCUCAAGGUUUACAUAUAUCCGGACGGCCUCGUGCGCUUCGCAUCCGUCAAGUACAACGACGACAUCAACUACCUCAGCGAUCGUUUCAUGCAUCUCACCAACUACAGCAUCAACAAGACCAGCGCGACUUAUACCAGCAACGACUGCGCGGACUCCAGCACCGGUCACAAGUGGACCCUGAAAACCUUGUGGUCUUACCUCGAGCAAGAAAACGUGAACGUUGCCAAGAUAUGGGAAUCAAUAAAGGACAUAGCGAUCAAGACGAUGAUUGCCGGCGAAUCUUCUAUCACUACUCUAACGAGGGCCAAUACAACUUCGAGGUAUUGUUGCUAUGAGCUUUUUGGCAUCGAUAUUAUCCUGGAUGAGAACCGGAGACCGUGGUUACUCGAAGUGAAUAUAUCGCCAUCUCUACAGUCUUCCUCGCCUCUCGACAUCGCGGUCAAGGGGCCCCUCAUUAGAAAUCUCUUUAAUAUGGCCGGAUACCAACUGCCCACGUGCAUACCGGCGGAGGAGGCGAAGAAACUAGCCCAAAGAUAUCAGUUAGAUCCGGUAUGCCAAAAUUACAAACUGUACCGAGCUACCCUUAGCUACCAGGAACGACAUAAGCAGUCCUUGUAUGCGAACCUAAAAAAUAGGGAGUAUUAUCUUGAUGAAAUAAUCGAGGAUCUUACGCCCGAUGAUGUAAGACACUUGAUUACCUACGAGGACGAGUUGACGCAGUUGGGAAAUUUCGAAAAGAUCUUUCCCACCACCACCAGCCACGAAUACCUGCAGUACUUCGAGGCAUCAAGAUAUUAUAACAUGUUGUUCGACGCGUGGGAGACUAAAUACGGUGAUAAUCGCGAGGAGGGAAUCUCCCGAUUGCAGAAGCUGUGUAAGACAAAGUAUCACCUCGAACAAACUUUUUAGAUAGUAAUCAUUUUUUUCAUAUGCCAUUUUAUAAUAAUGGUACCGACAUCAAAGAUACGCGUAGCUCCAACGUCGUACCUGUUAUCGACGCCUUAAUCCUGUAGUAUCCCUUUGGUUUUGUGUGUUACGCGUGCUUUGUUGUAAACGUACCAUUUCCAUGUCCGUUGAUUCGCCAAGAAUCAAAUUCAUUAUGUGCCUUUUCUGACGGUUGUGCGAAUUUACUUUAUUGUAAUGAAAUUUAUUGUCUUUAAUAAACAAUUUUUCAUUACUUA